AUGUCGCCUACUGCUCAGGUUUACUCGUUCAUGCCCGUUUCCGGUAAUCCUCAGCACAAGCGACCCCGCCAAGGAUACGAAGAGAUAGAUAGAUUGUACAAAUGUGGCUGGAAUGGCUGUGAAAAGACAUAUGGCACCUUGAAUCACCUAAAUGCGCACGUGAAUACACAAUCCCAUGGUACAAAGAUAACACCAGAAGAAUUCAAAGAGACUCGCAAAAAGUGUAAGGCCCGUAAGAUGGAGGAGGAAGAGCGACGAAGACAGGUGGUCGCUGAAGCCUGCAAAUUGACGAUGCAGCUGGAGAUGCAGACCGAGCUCCGAAGCCAAGUUAUGAACGGAACGGAGACAGACCUUCGCUUCCUCCUAUCGACACUCAAUGUGCAGACAGACAAACUCAGGGGCGAAAUUGUCAACAUCAAGGCGGAAUGCUCUACUCACAUGAAAAUGGGCGGAUGGGCAGCUAUGCUAACUAUCUCAGUUGUUUAUAUGGCCCACAUGGUCAGAUCUACCGGCAGCGUCAAGGUCAAAGCAAGUGGCUAUUUGAUGGCUUUGGCGCAGUGUCUCUUUGUUUUCCCCAUUGAUUAA